CCCUCGCACCGGGCUUUUUCGCCCGGUGAUUGAUGUCCCAGAGUCAACAGCGAGCAAGCAGCCGGAGAGGGGAAGGAGCAGCCGGAGAGGAGUAGAACACGGCGCCCCCUCUCUCCUUCCCCUCCCCCCUACUUUAGCCCUUCUGCGUACUUCGCCUCCAAGUCUCGGCGCAGCCAGGAAGCGCUCCUGCUUUCGCGCCCCUGCGCGCUGCACCCAGAGCGAAAAAACAGCGAGCCCCGCCGCCCAGGCCCCCCGCCCCCCGCGGGGCCGGGGCGGGGGUCGGCAUGGAGCACCUGGGUCCGCACCAUCUCCACCCGGGCCACGCGGAGCCCAUCAGCUUCGGCAUCGACCAGAUCCUCAACAGCCCGGACCAGGGCGGCUGCAUGGGGCCAAACUCACGCCUCCAGGACGGAGAAUACGGCCUUGGCUGUUUGGUCGGAGGCGCCUACGCUUACGGCGGCGGGGGACCGGUGGCCGGGGCGGCGGCCGGGAACGCGGGGGCCUACGGCGCAGGCGGCCCGAGCGGUCCCGGUGGCCCGGCGGGCGGCGGGGGCGGUGCCUGCAGCAUGGGCCCUCUGGCCGGCUCCUACAACGUGAACAUGGCCUUGGCGGGCGGCCCGGCCCCGGGAGGCGGCGGCGGCGGCGGCGGCGGGGCGCUGAGCGCUGCGGGAGUGAUUCGGGUGCCCGCGCACAGACCACUCGCUGGAGCGGUGGCCCACCCCCAGCCUCUGGCUACUGGCUUGCCCACGGUGCCCUCCGUGCCCGCCGUGCCGGGUGUCAACAACCUCACCGGCCUCACCUUCCCCUGGAUGGAGAGUAACCGCAGAUACACAAAGGACAGGUUCACAGGUCACCCCUAUCAGAACCGGACGCCCCCCAAGAAGAAGAAGCCGCGCACGUCCUUCACACGCCUGCAGAUCUGCGAGCUGGAGAAGCGCUUCCACCGCCAGAAGUACCUGGCCUCCGCCGAGCGCGCCGCCCUGGCCAAGGCGCUCAAAAUGACUGACGCUCAGGUCAAAACCUGGUUCCAGAACCGGCGGACCAAGUGGAGGCGGCAGACCGCGGAGGAGCGCGAAGCCGAGAGGCAGCAGGCGAACCGCAUCCUCCUGCAGCUGCAGCAAGAGGCCUUCCAGAAGAGCCUGGCGCAGCCGCUACCCGCAGACCCCCUCUGCGUUCACAACUCGUCGCUCUUCGCCCUGCAGAACCUGCAGCCCUGGUCUGACGAUUCAACCAAGAUCACCAGCGUCACGUCUGUGGCCUCGGCCUGCGAGUGAGCCUGCCCAGCCCACCCCUCAGACCCCGGCCCAGCCAAGGGGUCAACGCUGAGGCCUGAGAGCCAGGACUCUCUCCCACCCUCCCGGCCUCGGCCUCGGACUGCCCACGGAGGGGAGCACGCCCCUCCAAGUGGGGCCUGCCUGCUUGCCGAAACUGCGCUCUCUUCCGUGGAAAAGAAGAAAGGAGUGCAGAGCACAGGGACCCGCGACCCACGCCCUGACUCCCACGCGGUCCUGCGCCCGCUAAAACUGUUCAGAGUCGCCUCAGUUUGCAUCUAUUUUAUUUUAAUCUGAUUUUUAACGUGGGACUGAGAGAGAGGGGGGAAGAGGGAGAAGAAGAGCUUCCGGGGUCCCCAGAGGACAGCACGGGG